AUGCCUCUCUUCGAUGACGCGUGUGACACUUCAACGCUAAAAGAAACUUGUGGCUUAUGUGGACUACUACUCAAAGGCCUAAAAAAUGCCGGCAUCAUGGUCGGAGAUGUAGUCAAUCUCCACCAAACUGUCACAGCCAUAGGACUUAAAGAUGGCCCAAAGCUCAUUUCUCUCUACGUAGAACCAGGUACAGACAUCUCAUCUGGUAGCCAGAUUGGAUUGCCGCAGCUGCUGGACUCGGCCAGCGAUGAUCAAUUCACACUUUUGAAAUCUUGGAUAAAAGUCUGUGAUUCUGACCAUGAUAUCUGCCGCCGCAAGUACAAUUUGGAUGGCUUCAGCAUGCCAACGCGGCUGAUCGAAGUUGGGGAAACCGUUCGUCUCAUUCUUUCCUCAUCAAUCAAGCCCUCUCGAUACGUGGCACUCAGUCACUGUUGGGGUCAUCUUGAAGAAAGUCAGAAGUUCUGCACCUACCAGAGCAACAUAGAACAGCUUAAGGAAUCUAUCGACCUCAAACGCAUGCCACAGACGUUCAUGGACGCUAUCACUGUAACGCGUGGGCUUGGCAUCAAAUACAUCUGGAUUGAUUCGCUUUGCAUUAUCCAGGACGACCAUGCUGAUUGGGAAAAUGAGGCGCGGAAAAUGGAGCAAGUGUACAGCGCUGCUUAUUGCACUAUUGGCGCAAGCUCUGCAAAGUCGUCACUCGACGGGUUCCUCGCCCACCGUCCGCCCCGAUCUUGUGUGCAGAUACAGACAGACGACAUGGGUCCACUGUAUGCCUGUCAAGCUAUCGAUGAUUUUCACCAAGAUGUCGAACUUAGCGAGCUUAACAAGCGCGGAUGGGUGUUGCAAGAAAGGGCACUGUCACGUCGCUCUAUUUUCUUCUCGUCGUCUCAAGUGUAUUGGGAGUGUGGCACUGGAGUACACUGUGAGACACUCGGGCGCCUUAAGAACUCGAAGGCUUCGUUUCUCGGUGACGCCAACUUUCCGAAGUCUGCUUUGGCAUACUACCGAGACGGAAGGCAAGUGUUAAUCCAGGAUCUGUACGAGCGGUAUUCAAGUCUCGCCUUCACGAAACCUUCAGACCGAUCCGUUGCCAUCCUGGGUCUCCAGAACCGGUUGGAGCGAGCCCUCCAGAUACCGGCUGCUUACGGUUUCUUCAAGGACUACUUCGCACGUGGCCUCUUGUGGAAACGCGGUCAAGAAGGGGAUAUGAUUCCCAUUCAGCAACAGAAGAGCAACCAGCCGCCAAGUUGGUCAUGGUUCAGCAAAGAGGGUGUAAUCGAAUACCUCAAUCUUGGAUUCAAGCAGAUAGAUUGGGCCACUGAUGACUUCGAGAACCCGUUUGAAAGCUUCGUAAGGAGAGACUCAACUGCAGGACCCAACUCCAAAGAUGGCAGAAUUUCUACAAUACUACGAGGGCUUGGACGGCACAUCAAAAUGUCGUGGGAUGACAUCCUGAGUGAUGUCACUUUUGACAGAAAGCAGGACCAAGAGCCUGAUGAGCUUCGAUGCGUAAUCAUCGGGCGCGACCAAGCUCUAGGAAGCGACCAGGACCAUCGAAUGGUUCAUGUCUUGAUCAUUUCUAAAUGCAAAAGCAUUCAUGGUAACAUGUACGAAAGAGUGGGAGUCGCUUCCUUAAUGUCUUCGCUGGUGGCCAGCCAAGGGUCGUGGGUAAAUAUAUUGUAG